AUGGAAAUGGAAGAAGAGAAGGAUUUGCCACUGUUAUUGGGAACCCCUUUCCUUAGUACAGUUGGCGCUUCAAUAGACUUUCACAAGCAAGAAGUGAUCCUUCACAAGGUGAAUAGUUUGGUGUCAUAUCGCUUGCAGCCUAGAGGUUCAGACUUUUGUGCCACAAUUGACAGUACCAAUCUCAGUUCUAAGAGUCAUGGAGCUACAAAGGUUGUGAAGGAAAGGGUUGACAAAGAACCAAGAGUUGGAAGGAUAAGGUUUGAUGAGAGGACCAAGGAUUGA